AAUAUAUCAAUACAUCAAUCAAUAAUACAAGCAUUUCUCUUUAUACAUUAAAUUUCUAUAUGGUAUCAGAGCAGGUUUAGAACCUACUAUUUUCGCUUCCCCGGCGGGCGGCAACCUCACCUUAGCUGCCCGCCGGACCUUAACCUAGUCUGCUACUAAACCCUUCCGAUAGGAACAGAGAGAUCAAGCUUCUCUCUUCUUCCUCUAUCUUCUCUUUAAAAAAAAAAAAAAAAAAAAAAAAAAAAAAACCUAGCCUCCCCUCUCUCUCUCUCUCUCUCUGCUCCAGCCAUGGGUCGCGUUCGUACCAAGACCGUGAAGAAAUCAUCGAGGCCAGUGCUCGAACGCUACUACUCGCCGAUGACACUUGAUUUCCACACCAACAAGAAGAUCUUGGAAGAAGUUGCGAUCAUACCCUCCAAGCGCCUCCGCCACAAGAUUGCCGGCUUCUCCACCCACCUCAUGAAGCGGAUCCAGACGGGUCCAGUUCGUGGGAUCUCCCUCAAGCUCCAGGAGGUGAAGAGAGAGCGUCGCAUGGACUUCGUCCCUGACAAAUCCGCCAUCAAAGAGGUCCGGCGCCGUCUCUCCCGACUACGCCAGAUGGUCGCGAGCUUGCUCUUCGGAUGGGCACUCCUUUGUUUGCUCUACUAGAGAGCGCGAGUUAAGGACGUGAUCAAUAAGUUGAUAUUCUUCCAUCACAGAGCAUAAAUCGGAUUUGCAUACAAUGUCAGUCCACUCUCUUUACACCACCCACGUGAUGCUGAGAGAGAGAGCCAGCAACCACUUUUUCUUUUCCUCCUUUGUUUAUUUAUUUAUUAUUAUUAUUUUUUUUAUCUCUUCCUCCUUUUUAUUUUUAAAACCUAUUUUUCCUUACAAUCCUGUUCCCCACUCCACUUUCCUCUUUUCGUUUUUUUUAUUUUCCUAUUCUGGCGCACUACCUCUACUUUAUCUCUUCCUCCUUUUUGACUUUCCAACCAUCACGUCCUUUGCAAACAAACAUAAAAAAAAAAAAACAAACAAACAAACAAAAACAAAAACAACACAAAAACAAAACAAAUUAACUUCUGGGAAACCCCAUCAAACUGUUACUCUUUUGAAAAUUUCUAUUAUAGCAUAACAGUCCUUCCCCCAAAAUUUUGCACAUCAAUUGUUUGCGUAUUCUGAGAUAAAAAAAAAAACAAAAAAAAAAAAAAAAAAAAAAAAAAAAAAAAAAAAAAAAAAAAAAAA